AUGUAUAAAAUGGAAUAUUCUUACCUCAAUUCCUCUGCCUACGAGUCCUGUAUGGCUGGGAUGGACACUUCGAGCCUGGCUUCAGCUUAUGCUGACUUCAGUUCCUGCAGCCAAGCCAGUGGCUUUCAAUAUAACCCUAUAAGGACCACUUUUGGGGCCACCUCUGGCUGCCCAUCCCUCACUCCAGGAUCCUGCAGUCUCGGCUCUCUUAGGGACCACCAGAGCAGUCCAUACGCAGCAGUUCCUUACAAACUCUUCACCGACCACGGGGGUUUAAACGAGAAGAGGAAACAGAGGAGGAUCAGAACCACGUUCACCAGUGCCCAGCUCAAGGAACUGGAGAGGGUGUUUGCAGAGACUCAUUACCCUGACAUAUACACCCGGGAGGAGCUGGCACUCAAGAUAGACCUCACCGAGGCGAGAGUGCAGGUCUGGUUCCAGAACCGCCGCGCCAAAUUCCGCAAGCAGGAGCGGGCGGCGGCGGCGGCGGCGGCGGCCGCCAAGAACGGGGCGGCCGGCAAGAAGUCCGACGCCUCCCGUGACGACGAGAGCAAGGAGGCCAAGAGCACCGACCCCGACAGCACGGGCGGACCCGGCCCCAACCCCAACCCGGCGCCCAGCUGCGGCGGAGGCGGCGGCGGCGGCCCCAGCCCCGCCGCCGGGCAGGGAGCGGCGGGGCCCGGCGGGCCGGGGGGCGAGCCGGGCAAGGGAGCGGCGGGACCCGGCGGGCUGGCGGCGGCGGGGCCGGGGCAGGGCUGGGCGCCGGGGCCCGGGCCCAUCACCUCUAUCCCCGACUCGUUAGGCGGCCCCUUCGCCAGCGUCCUCUCCUCGCUGCAGCGGCCCGGCGGCACCAAAGGCAGCCUCGUCAAGAGCGGCAUGUUCUGA